AUGUUUCUCACCUCGAUUCUCCCUCUCGUCCUCUCCGCCAUUCCUCUGUACAGCGCGGCUCCUGCCCCUGCGGCCGCUCCCACCCCGCCUAACAUCCCUUCGGCCUCCGCCGCCCGUACAGCACUCGCAGGCUUGACCGUAGCUCCUCAGGGCCCUCAAGAUGGCUAUUCGCGCAGCCUGUUCCCCCACUGGAUAACCAUCGAGGGCGCCUGCAACACACGCGAGACGGUGCUUAACCGCGAUGGCACAGACCUCACCAUCGACGACAACUGCUAUCCGGUUCGGGGGAACUGGUACAGCCCGUUUGACGGUGCCCGUUGGACGCAAGCAAGCGAUGUGGACAUCGACCACGUCGUUCCCUUGAGCAAUGCGUGGAAGAGUGGCGCGAGAGACUGGACGACUGCGAAGAGAAGGGGGUUCGCAAAUGAUUUGGUGAAUCCCCAGUUGAUUGCGGUGACGGAUAAUGUCAACCAAGAAAAGGGAGAUAAGGGACCGGAGGACUGGCGACCUCCUUUGCUCUGCGGGAGUCGGGGAAUGCCGUUUGCUGAUGCGUACACACCAGGAUCAUACCACUGCACCUAUUCCCGAAUGUGGAUCAAGCCCCAUGUGGUCUGCAUUUUAGACCAGCCCCGCAGCCCGCCCUUCCCCAAACAAACGCCCUCCAUCAACAUCUCGGUUCUCGUCGAACUUGACGCAUCUUCGUUCUCCAGAUGCAAGGAACCGCCUCAAUUCUUUGACUACGCCUUCAGCUCGAUUCAAGUCGCCACGCAAUCUACAAUGCCAGGAGCAGGCCCCCAUCUCUACUCCUUCGACACCACCGAGGACCUCGCCCUCCGCCUCCGGAAAUACCUCCUCCAGUCCCAAAACGCCGCCAUAAAACGACACAAUGUCUUCCGUGUCGCCGUCUCCGGCGGCUCUCUGCCCGCCAUCCUAGCCAAAGCCGUCACCAGCACCACUGACCAAGACGCUGGCGAUGAGAACACCUUCCACCUCUCCGCCUGGGACAUCUUCUUCGCCGACGAGCGCGUCGUGCCCCUCGACCACCCCGACAGCAACUACAACCUCCUCAAAACCGAAUUCAUCGACAAAUUCUCCCCCAGCCUCGGCACGCCCAAAGUCCACCCCAUUGACACCAGCCACCUCGACGACGAGGACCCCCAGGAAACCGCCGACCUCUACCAAGAAGACCUCAUGCGCUCCUUCGCCGCCAAGGAUAGCGUUAGACUCCCCGUCUUCGACCUCAUCCUCCUUGGCUGCGGUCCCGACGGGCACACGUGUAGUUUAUUCCCCGGGCACGAGUUGCUCAGCGAGACGGCUGCGUGGGUGGCCCCGAUUGCGGAUUCGCCCAAACCGCCGCCGAAGCGGAUCACGUUGACCCUGCCGGUGGUGACGCAUGGGUUGAGAAUUGCGUUUGUGGCAACGGGGGAGGGGAAGAGGGAUGUUAUGAGGCAGAUUUUUGAUACGGAUGAGGGGAAGAAGUUGCCCUGUGGGCUGGUGAAUGAGAUGGGAGGGGAAAAGGUGACUUGGUUUACGGACACGAAAGCUACGGAGGGGGUGGUGUUUCCCAGGAGGGGAAGCUUGUGA